GGGUUAGCGGAGAAAACGGAACACUCCGGCGGAGCCAACGGAGGAGAGAGAGCGAGGGGGACGGAGGAGACGGGUGGGGAAUGGACUACGUGUUCAAGGUGGUGGUGAUCGGGGACUCGGCGGUGGGGAAGUCGCAGCUGCUGAACCGAUUCUCGAAGAACGAGUUCAGCGACGACUGCAGGGCGACGGUGGGAGUCGAGUUCCAGACCAAGACCCUCCUCAUCCAGAAGAAGCUCGUCAAAGCCCAGAUCUGGGACACCGCCGGCCAGGAGAGGUACAAAGCGAUUACCAGCGCCUACUACAGGGGCGCCCUGGGAGCGCUCAUCGUGUACGACAUCGCCAACCGGAGGAGCUUCGAUAAUGUGCAGAGGUGGCUGGAGGAGCUCAGGGCCACCGCCGACCGGAACCUCGUGAUUAUGCUCGCCGGAAACAAGUCGGACCUCGAGAAUUUGCGGGCGGUGCCGACGGAGUCCGGCCGCGAGUUCGCCGAGCGGGAGGGCCUUUUCUUCCUCGAGACGUCGGCGCUCGACGCGACGAAUGUCGAGAGUGCGUUCCUCACGGUGCUGGAGCAGAUAUACAUGAACGUCACCCACCGGACGAUCACCGCCGACGACGACCCGCCGGUGGUUGUGAAGCCCACGCUGCAGCUCAAGGGGACGAGGCUGGACUUGCCCCAAGGUGGCAGACGCGAGGCUUGCUGUUCUAACCGGAGCUGACUCUUCCGUUCUUCCCAACGCAGAAUUUUCCGCGAUUGCCUACAAAAUUUUCAGGUAAUGAAUGACUCAGGGAAUAAGAGCCUCCUCUUCUUCUCUUUUGGAGAGCUCUCAUGGAGUUCACCGGCAUCAAUGUAAACUUGGCAAGAAUGUUUUUGCGAAAAAAAUUCAUGAGUAACGUUCUCUGACAUUCAAUCGAAUUGUUUUUGAAAAGUAUACAGAGAACUGCCGAAUCCAAUCAGAUUGGAGAAUUUUAAAAUUUGAGUUUUGUUAACAUACCUGAAUUGAUACAUGAACUGCCAAGUCAUUUCUCCAUUUGUUGUAUUACUCAAAUAAGCCGAUUGGGAUCCAAGGUGCCACUUGAUCUAAGAUUCAAGAAUGGAAAUACUUGGAAUCUGGAUUCCUGGAUCACAUAUAUGAGCAUCUAGCAAAGGCUCGUGAACUGUGAUCACAUUUACAUGGAAGUAGAGAAAACUUCCAGGAAUGUGGAAAUGAUGACCCACAUAAAUGUUGUGUUUCAUGCUGCGUUUUCUAUUA